AUGGCCUCCACAUCCAAAUACCACGUCUCCCCCUUCACCCGCGCCGUCGUCUCUUCCAUGCGCCAGCUCUAUCCAGAAUCUCUCGCUGACAAGUCCUUUGACAACACUGGUCUCUUGGUUGAAGCUCCAUUCAUUCCUGCCCACCCGCGCAACAGGAACUCCGUUCUCCUCGCCAUCGAUCUGACCCGCGCUGUUGCCGAUGAAGCAAUCGAGAACCACCAUUCGGUCGUUGUCGCAUACCACCCCAUCAUCUUCCGAGGCCUCAAAUCAAUCACCACAAAUGAUACCCAACAACUCUCCAUGACCCUCCUUCUUGCCCAUGGUAUCAGCGUCUAUUGCCCUCAUACCGCCGUGGACCAGGUCCCCAAUGGCAUGGCAGAUUGGCUGUGUGAUGUUGUGACUGGAAAGGUGGAUUCUCCCGAGUUGGAAGCAUAUACUGCUGGACAAAGCCCAACUCUCUCGGCGCCCUCGGAAACUGAAGUCACCACUUCCGAGUCCGAGUCGGAUUUCGACCUCGAUCGUCAGUCAGAUGCUUCCACCAAACCCACAUCCAAUUCGGAUGCUCUAUCGGAUCCUUUUGUCUCACCAACCACCCCCAAAGCGAAAGAUCAAGGCAAGCGACGACUCGCUCGUCCUAGCGCUGCCCAUAGAACAUACAGCAAACCGACCUACCCACAACCCACCUCCAACUUCCACCCCUCUGCUCUCUCACAUACCCGGAGCGUGGUCACUCCUUCCCCGAGAGACGCAAUCGAGGCCGCCAAUCAAUUCACCGGCUCUUCCAACUACAACUCCUCCAACACCGGCGCCGGAAGAUUGAUCACUUUUGACGAAGCCCAACCAUUGACCGUCCUGAUCACCAGGAUAGCACAUGCCAUUGGACUGCCUAAGGGAUUCUCAGUCGCCAUCCCCCAAAGUCAAGAUCUAGAAAAGAUCGAGAUCAAGACGGUCGCCACCUGUCCUGGCUCGGGCGGUAGUGUUCUGCGGAACUCGGAUGCCGAUCUCAUCUUCACCGGCGAGCUCAGCCAUCAUGAAGCUCUGGCUGUCACUGAAAGGGGCGGUUCGGUCAUCAGUCUAUUCCACAGUAAUUCCGAGAGAGGCUAUCUGUGGAGCAUCAUGAGAGAUAGCCUGGAGAAGCAGGUCCGACAGGAAUGGACCAAGGUCAAACAGGAAGAGGGCGCAAAGAGAGAUUUGAGCUCUGCAUUGAAGGAGGUGUUGGAUGAUGAUGAAAUUGAGGUGGUGGUCAGUGAGCGAGAUCGGGAUCCUUAUGGGAUUGUCGUCUUGGAGGAGACGGUCGUCGAAGGGGUCAAUGUUGGAUCGGCUUGA